AUGUCCAAAGGAAUGGAGAGUAAAGUGGGUUCUUCUACACCUUCAUUUGAUGAUGAGGAAGACAACAACCCAUUCCCACAUAUGCAAGGACUUGCAAGCCUAAUGAGUGAACACCGAAUUUCUAAUGGAAGUAAUAUACAAGAUAAAAGAGAUAAGGAUACUAAUAAUAAUAAUAGUAAUAAUAAUGGCGAUGACGAUGAUGAUUCAAUACUACUUUACAAUUCUAAUAAUCAAAAUGAUUCUAAAUCAGGCUUGAAUAAAGAUACUUUCAAAUCAAUUCAAAUUAAUUACGAGAGCAGAGUAACCAGGCUUUUGAGACCUAAUAGUAAUGUGAGAAUGCAGAUAACGAAAGCAGGUAAUUCUAAUGAGGGCAUGAUAAAUACGCUGAAAACAUACAUUGUUUAUAGCAUACAGUUAAUAAACAACGAUGACCCUAGCGAUGAGAUACAGACCAGAAGAAGAUACAGUGACUUCGAAAGCUUAAGAGAUGUUCUCAAAAAAAUAUUUCCGUUGAUCAUUAUUCCACCUAUUCCACCCAAAAAUUACUUCAAGUUUUCAAUGCUUAAUGAUUUGGUUAGCGGAAAUAUACUGCAAUCGUCUAACAAUAGCAAUAAUAAUAGUACGGGUGCAAAUACUUCGACAAAUACUACGAAUGGAUUGGCGUCAAGUUCGACUAAUUAUUCAUAUAUAAAUUCGACACACUUGAACAAGAAUAAGCUAAUUGAGCACAGAAAGAGACUACUUUCUAAUUUUCUCAAUAAUUGUUUAGCAAUUCCUCAGAUAAGAAAUUUAGAAUUUUUUGCUAAGUUUUUAGAUCCCAAUGCUAACUGGACAGACGAAAUAACCUUAAUUUCUAGCCAAUUACCGAAGUCUAUUUACAUGCUGAAUCCAGAAAAUGGUUUGAAGACAGACUCCAUUUACGCCAAUUUACCUAAUCCUGUUGGCAACCAUUCUAUAAACAUGUCAUUUUGGAAACCUUUGCAAGAAAAUAAGAAAAAGCUAACUAAGAAAACGAAUAAAAUAUUGAAUAAUGGGAAUCCUGAAGCCUCGUCGCAACCAAGUACAGGAACGACUAGUCCAGUAAAUAACAGUCCUGAUUACUUAAAGAAUAAGUAUAUAGUAGACAAUUCUUGUUUGGAUGAUAUUAAUAAAAAGAUCAUGGCCAAUUUCAUAGGGUUGGCAAAUGAUUAUACUGAAUUGGGAACAAUUUUUAAUUCCUUCUCGCUCAUUUUAUCUGACUCGCCCAUGAUUAGAACUGCAAAAGCAAAAAAUACCCAGGAGGAGGAUUCAAAGUUAAAUAUAAUAUUUGAUAAAAUUGGACAAAUAUUUGAUCGUUCCUAUAUAACUAUAAGUACAUUAAUUGCGGACCUAGAAACAAAAUUUUCAGAACCAUUAGGAGAGGCAGUUCAAUAUUCUACUAUACUACAAUUUAUUGAGAAAUUUGAAAGACGUAAAGUCCGCCAGCAGCGGUUGUUAGAAGUCGAUGUAAAGGAUAAGAAACAGGAAUUAGAAGAAUUAUUUAAAGCGGAAGAAGAGUCAUCAAGAAUUGAAAAUAUGAUGCAUGCGCAACCUAUCUCUAAGGAUCCAGACCUUAACUCAAGAAGUACUAAUUCAACCCAAAAUGUAAACCUGAGUAUAAAGUCUACUAACAGCAAAUAUAAGUAUUUGCCUAAUAUGAAUUCGUUUAAGAAGAUUACUCAAUAUGUCACUGAUAUAAUAGACCAGAAUCCUGAGCAAACGAGGAAACAAAAAAUAACUUCUCUACAGGGAAAAAUAGGAACAUUAGAAAAGUGCCAAGGUAUUAUGCUCCAGGAUAUCUCAUAUAUCACUGAUGAAGUAAACAAAAACUUUAAACUGUUCCAUACUAAACAAUUAAAGAUAAUUUAUGAGAUAUUAUUAUGUUACAAUGGCUUUCUUGUUGAAUGGGCGAAGAAAAAUGUUGAUAUAUGGGAAGAGAUAAAAGACGAAGUUGAGAAGUUAUAA